UGUAAACAUAUCGAAAAUAAUUGUAUAUAUUUCAGGAUAAUAAUCGAUUUUGAAAUCAAAAUGCCCAAAAAAAUUCACCCCGAUGCAAAAAUAAUAAUUUUAAACACAUUUAAAUACUUGCGGCAGAAAAAGGACGAAGGAUUCAACAGCAUUCCAUUAAACAAUGUUUUGAAAUUAGUUGCUGACAUGACGGGUACUGAUAUUCAUAGUGCGGUUGUAAUGAACUGGUUAGUUUAUUGGUACUAAAUAUGUAUAUUAAUUAUUAAAUUAUUAUUUUUUUCUCAUUCAAGGCGUCUGUAGUACUACAAUCAAAAAUAUGCACAAAAAGAAUGAGACUUUGCCGCCAUUGCCACCGAUACCAAAAAAAAGAAUACAAAUAGACGACUUCGACAAAUGUGCCAUUAGGCACAAAAUUCAUGAAUUCUAUGCUGUGCGAAAGCAAGUACCAACUCUCAAAACUCUGCUUACCGAAUUAAAAAAAGAUAUAGGUUUUACCGGUAGUAGGGAGUAUUUGCGAUUGCUAUUGCACAGUAUGGGGUUCAAAUAUAAAAAGUGCAGAAACCAACGGUCCAUAUUGAAGGAGCGUUCGGAUAUUGUAGUUUGGCGGGAAAGUUAUUUAGACGAAAUAAAAGAAGCGAGGGACAAAAAUAUGCCUCUUGUUUAUUUAGAUGAGACUUACAUCCAUACUUCUCUUAACCAUGCAAAAUGUUGGCAGAGUGAAAAUGAACCCGGUGUGUCGAAAUCCGUUUCAACCGGCAAACGAUAUAUUAUCGUUCAUGCUGGUGGACCAUCGGGAUUUGUUCCUAAUGCACUCUUAAUAUAUAAUGAUAAAGAAAAAAAAGCCGAUUAUCAUGACUCCAUGAACAGAAACAAUUUUAAGAAAUGGGUUUUGCAGAAAUUAAUUCCCAAUCUCAGUGAACCCACGUGUGUUAUAAUGGAUAAUGCCCGGUACCAUUCUUUCCAAAUUAACAAAGCUCCAACAUCAAACGAUAGAAAACACAUCAUUGCUGAGUGGCUGCGUUUAAAUAACAUCUCAUUUCCACAAAACGCAUCUAAAGAUAAAUUGGUCACAAUUUUGAGACGUCAUAAACCGGAACCAGUAUACGAAAUAGAUACGAUUCUCUCAAAUCAUGGUCACAAAGUGAUAAGGUUACCGCCCUAUCACUGUGAUUUAAAUCCUAUUGAGAUGAUUUGGGGCAUCGUGAAGGCAAAAGUGGCAACUAAAAAUGUUUCCAUCACAAAUGAUGCCUUCCUAAAGCUCGUUGAAGAUAGUUUUCAGGUAUUUACAUUUACAAAUGUUUAGAAUUUUAUUGAAUAGUUAAAAAUAUAACUAACUUAACACUUUGUUAUUAUUUAGGAAGUCCCUAUAGAAAAUUGGAGAAAAUGCUGCGACCACGUAAAAAAAAUAGAAGACGGAUAUAGUACAAAAGGUCCUAUAAUCGAAUCACAGACAGAAAGAUUUAUAAUCGAGGUUGGUGGUCCCGAAAGUGACUCAUCAACUGAUGAAUCAAAUGAAGAUUCAUCGGAGCCAGAAUCUGAUAAAUAUAUGGAUGUCGAAUAUUUAGAAUCAGAUUUUGACGGAUAGGUUAGUUCAUAUUUAAUUAUCAAUUAAACAUGCUCUUUCGAUUACCUGAAAACAUAGUUUCACAAUCUACAAUUACAUAGGUAUUUGUAUAUCUCACUCGCUCUUGCACGAUGCCAAUACACACUGUCCCGACUAUUCGUGACGUAGACGUAGUAUUGCUAUAUGUAAGCUGUUUGUAGCGACACUAUAUCAGGGUCAAAAAGGAACUUGCCAGG